AGUUGGGAGGUUCUAGUUGAAACACUCUAGCUGAGACAUUUUAAUCUAGACUCGCUCUGCAGGUCAGACUGUUUGCUGCUUCGCUCCUCAUGGCGUCUUCAUCUCAGCUGCUGCUGCUUUGGCUUCUGCUGUUAAACGUUUCUUCUGUGUCGACAGAUUCUAAUCAACACAGCAUCACAGCAGAAUCAGGACAGAACAUCAUUCUGCCUUGUCAGGUCUCUGACCGCUCACCUGUCCUGGUUGUAGAGUGGAAGAAGGCUGAACUGGGUUCAUGCUGUGUUCUGCUGUUCAGAGAUUCACAGUUUGACUCAGAACACCAGCAUCCAUCUUUUAAGGACCGGGUGGAUCUGCAGGACAAGAACGGAGACGCGUCUUUGGUUCUGAGGCACUUGACGACUGAUGAUAGCGGGACAUACGAGUGUCGAGUCUUUCUGACUGGAGCAAAAAGAAACUUGGUAGCAGAGCCUAACAUCAUCAUCAACCUGACAGUUACUCCAGAGUCAAGGAUGGUCUCAAGCAGAGGAAGCAGAGCCGGAUCUUCUGGACUGGUGAUCGGACUGGCAGUUCUUCUUCUUCUUCUUCUCUUUACAGACUGAUUUAGAUUUAAUGGGUUUUAGAAUCAUUUAUAAAGCUUAGAGGUAAAAAUAUCCACCCAUCACUGAAUGUCAAUGAAUUUUUCCAAUUCAAUAUCAAUUUGGAAAAGCCCUUUGAAUCGAUUAGAUUGGUUGGUGUUAAUUUUAAUCAGAAAAAGAAGAAUUAAAAUCUUUUGACUCGUUUUAUUCUCUCUUCUGCCCGGAUUCCUUGAUGCCGUCAUUGUUUCAGCUGAACCAUAAAGACAAAGACAAACUUUUUCCCAAGUCCAACAUUUAUUAGACAAACAACUAAUGAAACUGACAAAACUCAAUAAAAUCACAAACCAG